AUGACUUGUUUACAUGUUGCUGUGAAAAGUAGACAAGCAACAAUUGUAGAAUUUUUGCUUUUAAAUGGUGCUAAAAUAAAUAUUUGUGAUUGGAAAGGAAAUACAGCACUUCAUCUCGCAUCAAUGAAAGGAUAUACAAUAAUAGUUUAUCAACUAUUAAAACGGAAUGCUGAAAAGACAAUAAAAAAUGAUGAAGGAAAAAUUCCUCUUGAUAUUGCGGUUGAAAAAUGUCAUGCAGAUAUAGUCACCUUACUUAGACUUCAUGAUAUGAAAGAAGAAUUUAAUGAUGACCAAAAUUCAACACUUGACGAAACUGUGGAAAGCUUUAUUGGAGAUUUGGCUGCAAUGCAAACAAAUCAAAAUUAG